CAAGUGGAGACAAAUAAAAGUGCAAAAUUCAGCACUCAAAAACAUCAACGAGGUCGCAAGAUACUAACUAGGACUCCCGUGUCGUCUCAUAGGAAGCGCAAUUCCUCUUCGGAUCAAGAUUUGGCUGAUGCGCCUGAUCCUACGCCUUCCACAUUUCACAGUUCUUCAGUGUCAGACUCCAGAGAAGAGACCGUUGCAACUACGUCGACAUCUUCCCUUCGGAGAUCUGCUAGGGAACCUAGACCAAAGCGAGCUCUUAGUCCCAACCCCAACGAGUCCAAAACGCCGACCUCGCAUGAAGAAAUCGAGUCUUUCGCAAGGGUGACGAUGUUAAGGAAAACGAAACUGCUCGGGACAAGGAAAAAUCGGGAUCGAAGGGAUGAGGAUAACAGUGAUCACACUAAUGGCUAUAGACCCGUUCAACCUAUGGAGGUCUCGGUUGAGGGCGGUGACGAGCAAGUCGUUGCUGACGACGAUAUGGAAAACGAUCUUGUUGACAUUCAACCGUUUGAGACUGGCGAAACUGUCAACGAGGUGUUUAUGACUGCGAGUUUCUCAAGGCGGGACGCUGUUCAACACGUAAACGUUAGCGUUCUGACGUUGCCGCAGUUGUCAGAGAAUAUCGAACACUCAGCGGAGGAUCCCUUCCGGCAACGAAGUACGGAUGGUCCUGUUCCAAUGCUGGAUAACGAAAUCAUUGUGAGCUCAUCGCCAUCAGGUCUUGAAAUGAAUAAUGAGGAGCUCAAGUUGAAUCCGCAAGAAAAAGGAGUUGUUGUGGAAAGUGGAUCUGGUCAGAGCUUCGUACAUGAUGACGAAAUCGGCUCGUCACUUGAAGUGUUCAACGAUGAACGCUGUGAGUCUUACGGAACAGCCAGCGGCAGAGAUUUUACGUCGGAAGAUAUAAAUAAUCAUAUGGAACCUCCAGUUCUGGAUGGUCCUAUAAUAGAUCCGUCAACCUAUGACCUGAAACCUGGCGUCGAUGCCCCGCCGAAGUUGAUGGCUGAUGGGGUGCUGACGAAAGAGACUCCUAAACCGAUGCACUACGUUGUUGGAGAGAUUUAUAGGGUUCAUACUCCAAACGGGACAGAACAGGAGGUCCAGUUGGCUGUUAUGGACGAUGGAUCUGAAGCUCUGGUGAAUGCCAAUGGAGAAGUAGUGGAUUUAACGCCAGAAGAUUCUUAUGCUACUAUUGACAUCUGUGAUAUUGACUUCAACUUUCUCGACGAUAAGAAUAUUGUUUGUGGGUUGUGUGGAGAAGUGGUAGUGUACAGUACACUCUUCACGAUUCAUCUCAGUCGGGUACAUCCAGAGAUUGUUCAUGUCGUUCGACACUUUAACGCUUGGCACCCUACUAACCAUCAGUGUGCUGGUCAAUGGCAGAAACGAUCCCAAAGGCCUGGAGUUGGAAAACCGCUUUCGAAACAGGACUUCGCCGUGAUUGACUUGUCGCAUACGCAGCCUGACAAUCUACAAUGUAUUUGGUGUGGAAUGUUCAUUGAUGCCACAACCAUAGCAGUCCAUUUCACGGAGUGCCACGCCGGGGAGGUUGAAGUUCCGAAAUGCCUGCUCUGCAUCCAGGAACUUGUUAUAAACGCACGUGUCAUCGAAAAAUUCGGCUCAGACUUUGAUAUCGUGCUCCCAGAUGAAUUCCACAUCAAAGUCGAAAAGCUUAAUAAGCUUUUCACGUCUGAAUCACAAAUGGACAGCGCUAUUGAAAAGUACCUGGACACUCUGAAUGGAAAGCGAAAAAGAGCUCCUCUUACUGUGGAGCGCAGAGUUUUCGAAGGAGAUUCUGUUGUGGUGCACCCACCGCCAUACCCGGAGACGAUGACUCCGUCGAUGGACUAG